UGGUGAAAACUCGCUGGCAAAAUAACGCAGAGUGCGAAAGAGAGGAGGGGUGGGUGCGCGCAACUUUAACUCCGCCGAGUGCACUUGGCAACAAGUCGGCUGCUCUCUCGCGCGCCUCGCGACUCUCCAAUUGAGGGUCAAGGUCAGCGCUCGCGCAUCAGCUGCUGCGCGCAUGUGUGCCGAAGGUUUCUCCGCCGGCCGCUGCAUCGGAGUUGUCUGGAGCUGAAAGUGGAAAUGGGCAAGAAGCGGAUCCCGGCGAUGUGGUUUCGGUGGUACGCGAGCCGGUUUGGUCUCUUUUGCCGUUCGCUAUAGUUUAAUUCGGCGCGAUCAUGGCGUAUAAAGUAAUCGCAGCGCUUAGUCAGGCCUACGAGGGCAGUUCCAGAUCUUGUUGAGGAAUACAUCAUAUUUACCCUGAAUUCUCCCAAAUAGAAAAUUUUCCAAAUUUACCUUCCUUUUCUAAAUGUUGACAUCUUCAUUCAAAUUUUUUAAUUUUAACCAGAAUCCAUUUUGAAAGCAGCACAAAAUUUUUGUUAUACCAAAAUGUCCAAAAGUAAUUGUAAUGAUUGUGCAUGUCGUUUGGCCAGCGAAGUGAACCAGCUAAAGGCCGUCGUGAAAGCCCAGAGCAAAAUGCUCUCCAAGCUGGUUCAACAUAUCAAGGAUGGCUGCAAGAAAGACGUGGAGGUCAAGGAGUCCUCGCUGAAGGGCUUAUUGAAUCCCUGCCUCAAGUGCCUGAAGCCCGACACUCUAUAUCAUUUGGGUCUGGAUACAGAGACCACUGAUUUUCCGAAGGUGUUCGGAGAUGUCCGGUUCGUUUGCAUGGGAGGGACAAAGGGGCGUAUGGAGCACUUUGCCUACUAUGUGAUGCAGGAAAUCGGCCUUAAGAUAAACGCGGCCACCCAGCUACGUGACAUGGCGGAGGCGGGCAAUCGUUUCUCCAUGUUCAAGGUGGGUCCAGUGCUUUGCGUCAGCCACGGAAUCGGCUGUCCCUCGAUUUCCAUCCUGCUGCACGAGCUCAUCAAGAUAAUGUAUCACGCCAAGUGCCAAGAUCCGGUGUUUAUACGGCUGGGAACCUGCGGUGGCAUUGGCGUCGAUCCCGGAACGGUGAUCAUUUCCUCGGAAGCGGUUGACGGUCGUCUGGAUUCCUUCCAUGAGAUUAUAGUGCAGGGCUCCGGCGAGAAAUAUGACAGCCAACUGGACGAGAAUUUGGCAUUUGACAUCAAGCUCUGCCACGAUCCCUGCAAGGAUAGGUACGAGGCCAUCAUUGGCAAGACACUUUGUGCUCAUGACUUCUACGAGGGCCAGUCGCGAUUGGAUGGUGCCUUCUGUGAGUACACGCCGGAGCAAAAGAAGGCCUACUUGGAGCAGCUCCGGAGCCAGGACAUUAAGAACAUUGAAAUGGAGAGUUUGGCCUUUGCCGCCCUCACCGGUCGAGCUGGCAUCCGUAGCGCCGUUGUCUGCGUGGCCAUCCUGAAUCGCCUCAAGGGGGAUCAGAUACAAACUCCGCACGAGGUUUUAAUUAAAUGGGAAAAGCGACCGCAGGAGUUGGUGGCCCGAUAUAUUCGCAAAGUUCUAUACUUUAGCGAUGAGGCUUCGGAUGAAGCUGAGGAGAUGGAGGAGGACGAGGAGGGGGGCCGAAAUGGAUCAGUGAAGGUAGCUCAGGGUGGAGCUGGAGACACUCAAAAGGCUCCCGAACCGGAGGAGGAAGCUUAAGUAGAUAUGGCUUACAGCAGGACUCGACUGAAACAUCUAUAUUCCGUACAAUGACUUUCGGAUAGCUUUAAUCCAAUAUAAAAUAUGUAUUAUUAUUCAGUUCAAUGGUA